AUGUCUAAGGCUGUCGGUAUUGAUUUAGGUACAACCUACUCUUGUGUUGCCCACUUUGCCAAUGAUCGUGUUGAAAUCAUUGCCAACGAUCAAGGUAACAGAACCACUCCAUCUUUUGUUGCUUUCACUGAUACCGAAAGAUUGAUUGGUGAUGCUGCUAAGAACCAAGCUGCCAUGAACCCUGCUAACACCGUUUUCGAUGCUAAGCGUUUGAUUGGUAGAAAGUUUUCUGAUCCUGAAGUUCAAGGUGAUAUCAAGCAUUUCCCAUUCAAGGUUGUCGAAGACGCUACUAAGCCAAAGAUCCAAGUUGAAUUCAAGGGUGAAACUAAGGUUUUCACUCCUGAAGAAAUCUCUUCCAUGAUCUUGACCAAGAUGAAGGAAACUGCUGAAAACUUUUUGGGUACUAAGGUCAAUGAUGCUGUUGUUACCGUCCCAGCUUACUUCAAUGACUCUCAAAGACAAGCUACCAAGGAUGCUGGUUUGAUUGCUGGUUUGAACGUUAUGAGAAUCAUCAACGAACCUACUGCUGCUGCCAUUGCUUACGGUUUGGACAAGAAGUCUGAAAAGGAAAACAAUGUCUUGAUUUUCGAUUUGGGUGGUGGUACUUUCGAUGUCUCUUUGUUGACCAUUGAAGAUGGUAUCUUUGAAGUUAAGGCUACUGCUGGUGACACUCACUUAGGUGGUGAAGAUUUCGACAACAGAUUGGUCAACCACUUCACUGCUGAAUUCAAGAGAAAGAACAAGAAGGAUAUGUCUACUAACCAAAGAGCUUUGAGAAGAUUGAGAACUGCUUGUGAACGUGCCAAGAGAACUUUGUCUUCUUCCACUCAAACUUCUAUCGAAAUCGACUCUUUGUUCGAAGGUAUUGACUUUUACACUACCAUCACCAGAGCUAGAUUCGAAGAAAUGUGUCAAGAUUUAUUCAGAUCUACUUUGGACCCUGUCGAAAAGGUUUUGAGAGACGCUAAGUUGGACAAGUCCCAAGUUGACGAAAUUGUCUUGGUUGGUGGUUCUACCAGAAUUCCAAAGGUUCAAAAGUUGGUUUCCGACUUCUUCAACGGUAAGGAACCAAACAGAUCUAUUAACCCUGAUGAAGCUGUUGCUUAUGGUGCUGCUGUCCAAGCUGCUGUAUUGUCUGGUGACACUUCUACCAAGACUCAAGAUUUGUUGUUGUUGGAUGUUGCCCCAUUAUCUUUGGGUAUUGAAACUGCUGGUGGUAUCAUGACCAAGUUGAUUCCUAGAAACUCCACUAUCCCAACUAAGAAGUCUGAAACUUUCUCCACUUACCAAGAUAACCAACCUGGUGUCUUGAUCCAAGUUUUCGAAGGUGAACGUGCUAAGACUAAGGAUAACAACUUGUUGGGUAAGUUUGAAUUGUCUGGUAUUCCUCCAGCUCCAAGAGGUGUUCCUCAAAUUGAAGUUACUUUUGACAUUGAUGCCAAUGGUAUCUUGAAUGUUUCUGCUGUUGAAAAGGGUACCGGUAAGACUCAACAAAUUACCAUUACCAAUGACAAGGGUAGAUUGUCUAAGGAAGAUAUCGAAAGAAUGGUUAACGAAGCUGAAAAGUUCAAGGAUGAAGAUGAAAAGGAAGCUAAGAGAGUUCAAGCCAAGAACGGUUUGGAAUCUUAUGCUUACUCUUUGAAGAGCUCUUUGAGUGAUGAUCAAUUCAAGGAGAAGUUGGAAGCCUCUGAUGUUGAAGCUGUUACCAAGGCUGCUGAUGAAACCAUUGAAUGGUUAGACUCCAACCAAACUGCUACUGAAGAAGAAUUCACUGACAAGCAAAAGGAAUUGGAAGGUGUUGCUAACCCAAUCAUGGCUAAGGCUUACCAAGCUGGUGCUGCUCCAGGUGGUGCCGGUGCUGCCCCAGGUGGUUUCCCAGGUGCUGCUCCAGGUGCUGCUGCUCCAGGUAACGAUGGUCCAACCGUCGAAGAAGUUGAUUAA